CCCGGGGACUCUGCCGGGGACCCUGCCCGGGACCAGGCGGUGGUGGCGCUGAGCGGGGCCGCGUCUGCCCGGCAGGAUGACGACCUCGGGCGCUCUGUUCCCGAGCCUGGUGCCAGGCUCUCGCGGGUCCUCCAACAAGUACCUGGUGGAGUUCCGGGCGGGGAAGAUGUCCCUGAAGGGCACCACCGUCACCCCCGACAAGCGGAAAGGGCUCGUGUACAUCCAGCAGACGGACGACUCCCUCAUCCACUUCUGCUGGAAAGACCGGACCUCGGGGAACGUGGAGGACGACCUGAUCAUCUUCCCUGACGACUGCGAGUUCAAGCGGGUGCCGCAGUGCCCCAGCGGCCGGGUCUACGUGCUCAAGUUCAAGGCGGGCUCCAAGCGGCUCUUCUUCUGGAUGCAGGAGCCCAAGAGCGACCAGGACGAGGAGCACUGCCGCAAGGUCAACGAGUGCCUGAACAACCCCCCGGUGCCGGGCGCGCUGGGCAGCAGCGGGGGCGGCGGCCACGAGCUGUCUGCGCUAGGCGGGGAGGGCGGCCUGCAGAGCCUGCUAGGGAACAUGAGCCACAGCCAGCUGAUGCAGCUCAUCGGCCCCGCCGGCCUCGGAGGACUGGGCGGACUUGGGGCCCUCACCGGGCCAGGCCUGGCCAGCCUGCUGGGCAGCGGAGGGCCUCCAGCCAGCAGUUCUUCUUCCAGCUCCCGGAGCCAGUCAGCAGCGGCCACCCCAUCCUCCACCACCUCUUCCGCCCGCGCCACCCCAGCCCCUUCUGCUCCAGCAGCUGCCUCGGCCACUAGCCCGAGCCCCGCGCCCAGUUCAGGCAACGGAGCCAGCACAGCUGCCAGCCCAACUCAGCCCAUCCAGCUGAGUGACCUGCAGAGCAUCCUGGCCACAAUGAACGUGCCGGCCGUGCCAGGAGGCGGCCAGCAAGUGGACCUGGCCAGUGUGCUGACGCCCGAGAUCAUGGCCCCCAUCCUCGCCAACGCUGACGUCCCCUACCUGCCCUCAGGGGAGUCGCUGCCGCAGACGGCGGACGAGAUCCAGAACACGCUGACCUCGCCCCAGUUCCAGCAGGCCCUGGGCAUGUUCAGCGCGGCCUUGGCCUCGGGGCAGCUGGGGCCCCUCAUGUGCCAGUUCGGCCUGCCUGCGGAGGCCGUGGAGGCGGCCAACAAGGGCGAUGUGGAAGCGUUUGCCAAAGCCAUGCAGAACAGCGCCAAACCCGAGCAGGAGGAGGGCGAGGCAAAAGACCAGAAGGACGAGGAGGACAUGAGUUUAGAUUGAGGUGCCGCCGUCUGGCCACCCCGUGGUCCUGGAACCUCAGUAGUGUGUCUGUGACUUGUCGCGUUCCCUUGCUGUAUUCUCACUUGCGAAUAAAGCCUUUGCUUUUAUCUGCAA